AUGCCUCCAAAAUCUGACAUCUUUGUUAACUAUGAGGGGCCCAGGCUGAGCAGGGACCAGAAGCUUGUUGUCCGGUCUCAGGCCAUGGUCUCGUUUCGGGCCAAGAAGAAGGAGACGACGAAUCAGAAGAAAACUGCAGAGCUAGAAACAACUUCAGGCAGCGCCGAAACUCGAGCCGAGACCGCAAGAGAUGUCACCGAGUCUCUCGGCUUGGCCCAAAGACGAGCUCAAAAGUUGGUGCCUAUCUUACCCCGUCCUUGCGACAUUGGGCCGACGGGCCAUCAUCAUACUGGGAUCCAUGCAAGGGUAUUCCAGAACUAUCUGUGCUUAUGUGGCGCGUAUUCAUCAUACCUUGAUGAAGCAUACGUCCUUGUUGGAUUCCACCAGCCCAACUUCUUCAGGCCUGACAUGAGCAAGUCUGCGUGCAUCUACAUUGGUUGGCUGCUGACAACCGGCAUUUUGGAUGCUUUCCGCGGCACGAGUGAUUUCUCGUACCCCUAUUACGAGUGGAACGCUAUCCGUGAGUUGCAAGGAUUCCUUGAUACAGCCACAAACGCCGAGUUGUACCAGGUUGUAUAUCCGGUCGCCAUCCUCGGCAUAUUUGAGAUGGUCCGCUUUGGUCCCUGCACUGUCACUCAUUUAGGUGCAGUCGAGCGCUUCAUCAAGACCCGUGGCGGCUUACAGAAGAUGCCUCCACCCAUGCAGGCCAUUGUGGUCAUGGCUGAUCUCUUGCAAUGCAUCUGUCUGGAAACGAAACUUGCCUUUAACUCCGUUGGUAAGCCCCUGUUUCAUUGGCAAGCUGCCGAGAAGCUCGGCGGUGACCACAUGGUUAGCUCGCCCCUGUUGCGGUGUGAGGAUGAGGACUUUUUGCUCGUCGGCCGCUUCAUUAGCCCUGAAAUCUCCACGACGCUUGCACAGAUUCUGGGUCAGACUUUUGACGCCGUCAAGAACUUUUGCAGCCAAGAGGCCGGAAAUGAGCCGUCUGGUGCACUUGCCGGGAUUGUAAGCCUAGAUGAUGUGGCCGAUGGGGUUCUCCCAACCCAUGACCCUUCAGGACUUGUUAUGCAGACUUGUGCCAUAGCAUCUCGCAUUGUACACCGCACAAUGCAAAAGAGAGCUGGCUUUCAUGACAGCGCCAACUGGGCAGACAUGUGUGCUCUAUAUGGCAAUCUUCGGUUCAUCAAUCUCAAGUCGUGGGCAGGCCUUCCAUACCUUCACCUGUGGGCGGUUCUUAUUGGCCUUGCCAGCUCAACUAAACUCGAAAGGUCUUAUUUCGUGGCAGAGCUGAUGCGUGCUACGUUCAGCUGGGGCUGCUACGAGAUGGAAGUGUACAUCGGCAAGUUCAUCAGGGGUGCCCGUGAAAAGCUACCUGGCUAA